UGACCUCAGUUCAGUUCAAUGGUUUUAACAUUUGUUGAUUUCCAGGGAAGUGGGCGUACGAGGUUCUGAUCUCCUCCCAGGGUCUGAUGCAGAUCGGCUGGUGUACUCUGAACUGUCGCUUCAACCAGGAGGAGGGAGUGGGGGACACGCCUGAUUCUUACGCCUAUGAUGGAAACAGAGUCAGGAAGUGGAACGUGACGACCACCAACUAUGGGAAGUCGUGGGCUGCAGGAGACAUCGUCAGCUGCCUGAUAGACCUGGACGAGGGAACAAUCACUUUCUGCCUGAACGGCCAGUCUCUGGGCACGGCUUUCACCAACAUUAAGAUGGGUCCAGGUGUAGCGUACUUUCCUGCCAUCAGCCUCUCCUUCAAAGAGUCGGUGGCCUUUAACUUUGGCAGCAGACCUCUCAGGUACCCUGUGGACGGGUACCUGCCCCUGCAGAACCCCCCCUCUGCAGACCUGACCAAGGCUCACAAACUGCUGGGCUACAUCAAGAAUGUCCUGUCCACCAGCAUCGACACACAGGAGGACCGGCUGCUGGAGAAGGACUGUGCCUUGUGGAGGCUUCAUGGAGAACCAACAGUCCUCAUCGCUCUGGCUCACAUCUUCAACCACUUUGCUCCUCUCAUG